AUGGCUGCUAAGAAACUAAGAAGAGCAAGGUUAUCUCAGGAGCUGUGUGAAAGACUGGGUCGCCAUCAGAUCACUACCUGUCAGGACUUUUUAUGUCUUUCUGUCUUGGAGCUAAUGAAAGUGACGGGACAGAGCUACUAUGGUGUGCAGAAGCUUCUUUGUAAAGUCAGCCGAGCUUGUGCUCCCAAAAUGCAGACAGCUUACGAAAUGAAACUGAGCAAGUCUGUCAAUCCCUCUUCAGCCUUUUUGUCCACCACGCUGCAUAGUUUGGACAAAGUCUUGCAUGGUGGAGUGCCCUGUGGAUCUCUCACAGAGAUAACUAGCCCACCAGGUUGUGGCAAAACUCAGUUUUGUAUUAUGAUGAGUGUUCUGGCUACACUGCCUGUAAGCAUGGGAGGACUAGAUGGGGCUGUUACAUACAUUGACACAGAGUCUGCAUUCAGUGCUGAAAGGCUGAUUGAGAUUGCAGGAAACAGAUUCCCUACUUAUUUUGACUCAGAUGAAAAGCUGUUCUGCAUGACCCGUAGCGUUCACCUGUAUCGAGAGCUGACCUGUGGCAGUGUACUGAAGAGGAUUAUGUCUUUGGAAGAAGAAAUUAUUUCAAAGAAAGUUAAACUCAUAAUAAUUGACUCCAUUGCUUCAGUUGUCAGAAAGGAGUUUGACACAAAACUCCAAGGCAACCUGGCAGAGAGAAGUAACUUUUUGGCUAGAGGAGCAUCAGUGUUGAAGUAUUUGGCAGAGGAGUUCUCAAUACCAGUUAUCUUGACGAAUCAGAUUACCACAUCGUUGAGCAAUGGCCUUGCAAUCCAGACAGACCUGGUGUCUCCAGCUGAUGAUUUGUCCCUGUCUGAAGGAGCUGCUGGAAGUGGGAAGAGGGAAUCAGGUUGUGUGACAGCAGCCCUUGGCAACACAUGGAGUCACAGCGUCAACACCAGGUUCAUACUACAAUAUCACGACUUGCCGACAAGACAGCUUCUGGUUGCUAAAUCCCCUGUUGCUCCAUUCUCUGCUUUUUUCUACACCAUUGAGAAAUCAGGCUUGGUUCUUCAAGAUGGAAAGGAUCAAACAGAUUUAACCUGGGAAGGAACCAGUCCUGCCCUGCAGACUAUACGAGUGAGAAACACUGCCUUGAAAGAUACUUUACUUGAUGCUGCUUUACCCAGCUCUAUUGGUGAGACUCCGAGCAAUACAUCCACUCUAUAGAAAGGACAAAUGAAACCUCUGCUAAGAACUGAAUGAACGACAACACUGGUUUUCGAAAAUCCGGUGAA